UCAAUAUUAAUACAGAUAGUUGAUGAUUAUUGGUGGGGUCAAAUGGAAUAAAUAUAUUUAACAAGCAAUAUUUCGUAGUAGUUGGUAACGCAUUCGUAGCCAUGAACAUCAAUUUUGUGGGAAAACGUAUUCUUGUAACAGGAGCCGGACGAGGUAUUGGUAAAGAUUUGGCUCUUCGUCUUUCCAAAUAUGAAGGUCAAGUAAUAGCGCUGUCCAAGAAAAAAGACAAUCUAGAUAAGCUAUGUACAGAAGAUCCUCGUAUUCAAUCUAUUUGCGUCGAUCUCAGCGAUUGGAACGCCACCAGAAAAGCCGUUGAAAGUGUGUUACCUAUAGAUCUCUUAGUAAAUAAUGCCGGUGUUGCAUAUCUUAAUUCUUUCUUCGAUGCUACACCAGAAGAUUUUGAUUUAACAUUUACAGUAAAUGUGAAAGCUAUACUGAAUGUUUCUCAGAUAGUCGCAAAAAAUAUGAUUCAAAGAAAAGUUGGUGGUAGUAUUGUUAAUAUUUCUUCGCAAGCUAGCCAAGCAGCUUUGAAGGAUCAUGUUGUCUAUUGCGCUUCGAAAGGAGCAGUAGAUAUGUUAUCUAAGACAAUGGCUCUUGAGCUUGGUCCCUAUAAUAUUCGAGUGAAUACCAUAAAUCCUACAGUGAUUUUGACGGAAAUGGGAAAAUUAGGUUGGAGUAAUCCGAAAAAAGCACGAACUAUGUUAGACAAAAUACCAUUAGGUCGAUUUGGUGAAGUGUUCGAGGUAGUAGAUGCAAUAAUAUAUUUAUUAAGCAAUCAUAGCUCAAUGAUUAACGGAAUUACAUUGCCAGUGGAUGGUGGAUUUUUAGCAACAUAAUUGUAUAAAUCAAUCUUCGAUAUCAUUUAUUUUUAUAUUAUUUUUAUAUUUAUAUCAUUUUUAUAUAUAUAUAUAUAUAUUUAUAUUAUUUAUAUAAAUUUUAAUUAUACUUUUAAUUUUAGAAAAAAAUAAUUUUAUAAAAUAAAAAAUAUUAUUUCUUUUAUAUACAAUUGAAAUACAAUUCAAAUAAGUAUUUUUGUGUUUAAUAUUAUAAUUGUUUUAUAUUUUGAGUCUUAUUAAAAUUUUAUUGAAUAUAAAUAUAUAGGAGAGGAAACAAGGUUUAGAAAGAAGAAUGAAAUAGAAGAAAGAAAAAAAGAUUAACACAGUUAUUCGUUUAUCUCGUUUAAUUUAAAAAACGCUUCGUUUCUUCUUUUUUCAUUAUUUAACUAGAAUUCGGUGAGCAAACGGCAGGGAACGGCGUGAAACAAUGAACGCUCGCCGUGAAAGAAAACUCAUUUAUUUUCUGAAAAUAUUUAAGACGAGACGCGUUAUUGUUUCAUCGAAGUCCCUCCCAUCGUCGCCAUUUCCGGUUUAAAACAAACAUUUCGUUUUUUCGGCUCUUUCUAAUCAAUAAUUAUUUGAAUCCCUACAGUGAACAUAAAGUGGCGGAGAAAAACGCGAAAUUA